UAUAGAAAGAAGUUAAAAGGGCGGGUCAAUUGGGGCCGGGAAUUGACACAAAUUGGUGUUCCUCGUUGAUUUUGGUUUCUUCAUCAUCCGUAUCUAUGCAAACUCCUUUCAUAUAUUCCAACAGAUCAACGGCGAUAUACGACAAUUCUACCAUUCCUUUUUGCUCUUAAUCUUACGUCCCUAGUUUAAUUCCCUCUUCAUUCCGAUUCCGAUUCCAUUUCUCAGUUUCCGGUGGUGGUGCCCUCCAAUUCGGACCUUAGGGCUUCUCUUUCUUGUAUUGUCUUGUCUUUAUAUGGUUUUUGGAAAAUUCUCUCCUCUUCAAAUCCCUAGAUCCUCCUUUUUCUACCUUUCUUUAUCAUUACCUCCCACUCUCCGUUUCUCCCUGAAGAACGAGUGAUUAUUGACAGAGGAAGAUUUUGAAUCCAACGGGAAUGAUGGAUCCGGAGCUCAUGAGGCUGGCUCAGGAACAGAUGAGUCGCAUGUCCCCAGCGGACUUCGCCAAAAUCCAACAACAGAUGAUGGCUAAUCCAGAAUUGAUGAAGAUGGCCUCAGAAAGCAUGAAGAACAUGCGUCCUGAUGACUUCAAAUACGCUGCGGAGCAGUUGAAGCACACACGUCCAGAGGAUAUGGCUAAAAUUGGCGAGAAGAUGGCCAAUGCAUCACCUGAAGAGAUUGCAACUAUGCGUACCCGUGUUGAUGCACAGGCCAACUAUGAAUUAAAUGCAGCUGAAAUGCUGAAGGCACAGGGGAACAAGCUUCACAGUCAGGGGAAGUUCAAUGAUGCCUCGGAAAAAUAUUUGCUCGCUAAGAAUAACCUCAAGGGGAUUUCAUCUUCCAAAGGACGAACACUUCUGUUAGCUUGUUCACUCAAUUUGAUGUCAUGUUACUUGAAAACAAAACAGUAUCAUGACUGCAUAAGGGAGGGUUCCGAGGUUUUGGCAUAUGAUUCGAGAAAUGCAAAAGCACUUUACCGGAGAGGUCAAGCAUAUAAAGAGUUAUGUCAAUUUCAAGAUGCUGUUUCUGAUUUGAGCAAGGCACAUGAAGUUUCUCCUGAUGAUGAAACUAUUGCAGAUGUUUUAUCGGAUGCCAAGAAAAAAUUGAACGAACAAGGUGGGGGGAAUGUACCUAAAGGAGUUGUCAUUGAAGAAAUAGUUGAAGAAGACAACCCUAUAUCCACAAACAGUUCUGUUUCAAAACCACCAGAAGUUAUUGACAAUUCUAAGAUUGCUGAUGCCUACAAGAAGAGUAUAAACUCUGAGAGUUUGCAGGGACUGAGAGAUGAUCCAGAAGCUAUCAGAUCAUUUCAGAGAUUUGUUUCAAAUGCUGAUCCCGAUACGCUAGCUGCUAUGAACUUUGGAAAAUCUGGAGGUAUAUCUCCAGACAUGGUUGCCACUGCCUCAAAUAUGAUUAGCAAAAUGUCUCCAAGUGAGCUUCAAGACAUGCUUAAAUUGGCUUCUUCUUUUCAAGAGGCAAAUCCCCUCAAGGGAGACAGUUUAGGCCCAAAUUUGGACAGUGCAAACAUGACUCCGGAGAUGCUCAGUUCGGCCAGUCGUAUAAUGAGUAGUAUGCCACCUGAAGACCUACAAAGGAUGUUCGAAACUGCAUCAUCUUUGAAAAGGAACGAGUCUGCUUCUGGGAAUGGCAAUGUACCACCAGAUUCUGAUACGGGAUCAAAAUCUUUUGAGAGUCAACAAUCCAGUAUCAGUGGAAGUAGAACCACACGCAACACUAGUUCUUCUGAUGCGUUGUCAAACUUACGAAGUAGUUCAUCUAACUCAACUAUUCCAACCUCUUCUACUGAUAUGCAAGAACAAAUGAGAAGUCAAAUGAAAAAUCCAGCCAUGCAGCAGAUGUUCACAUCAAUGAUAAAGAACAUGAGUCCAGAGAUGAUGGCAAAUAUGAGCGAACAAUUUGGUCUGAAGCUUUCUCCUGAGGAUGCAGCAAAAGCUCAGGAAGCCAUAUCAUCUUUCUCACCGGAGGAUUUAGAUAAAAUGAUGCGUUGGGCAGAUAAAAUUCAAAGAGGUGUAGAAGGCGGAAAGAAAGCAAAGAAUUGGUUACUUGGACGUCCCGGUAUGAUCUUAGCAAUAUGCAUGCUGAUAUUAGCAGUAAUUCUUCAUUGGUUUGGAAUAAUAGGUGGUUGAGUAAGAGAUUCGCCUUUUUACUACUCCUUAUUUAAAUUUUUGUAUAACAAACACACUACUGACUCCCUCAACCUCAGGAUUAUGAAAAAUUAACCAUUUUGUUCCUCCUCCUCCCUUCUUCUCUCAUAUUGGUAAACAAACCUCCACUCUACUGUGUGAUUAGUUAUAGGAUUUAUGAAUUCAUUUCUUACUCAUCAUCAAUUUUAUA